AUGCCUCUUAUAAUAAUAUGCGGCACCCCCGUCAGUGGUAAGACAAUUAGGGCGAAACAAUUGAAAGAGUUUUUUGAGAACAAACACAAAAAACAAGUUGAAAUCGUAUCAGAAGAUGAAGCUAUCAAGAAACUGGGUUAUGAGAGAAAUUCAAUGUAUUUAGACUCACAAAAAGAGAAGAGAGUCAGAGGAUAUCUUAAAUCAGAAGUUAUACGACUUAUCGGUAAAGACGGAGUUGUUAUUUUAGAUGGAAGUAACUAUAUAAAAGGGUUUAGAUAUGAAUUAUACUGUGCAUCGAAGGCUUCAAAGUCUACUCAGUGUACGAUAUACACCAUCCGCAACCAUCAAGAGGCAUGGGAGAGCAACUUAUUAAGAAUGAAUCAAAAUACAGAGAAUAAGGAGGGUGACCAUACAUCAGAAGCUUACACGGAGGAAGUAUUUAAUGCAAUCACUAAGCUAAGGUUUGAAGAACCAAACUCCAACAACAGAUGGGACAGUCCGCUCUUCACAGUACAACUUUCUGAUCAAUUGAAUUUUGAUGAAGUGUAUUCAGUGUUGUUUGAGAAGAAACCUCCUCCGCCAAACAUGAGCACACAGAAUCCUCCUCUAAGCUCUGCAAAUUUCCUGUACGAGAUGGACCGAGUGACUCAAGAGAUAUCAAAACAGAUCCUGGACUCAAAGCAGAUGAAUCUUGAUGUAGUUAAAUUUCCUGACUACCCCGGCUGUGUGUUGGAGACUGGCUUCAUACAGAACAUUAACCAACAGAAGCUGCUCAGACUACGGAGACAGUUCCUGACAUACGCUAAGAUGACACACUCAAACGACACCACACACAACAUAGGAAGAUACUAUAUACAAUACUUAAAUAAAACACUCACCGAAUGA